GAAAUAGAAAAUAUCACAUUUUGUUUAACUCAAUUUUUUCCACAAGACUACCUCACACCAUAUCACGCAAAAGGCCAGCGUUACAUGGACAGGCCGAGUUCUAGAUGCAGGCAUUCGUGCUAGACUAUUCGUGCUACUUCUUGUAGCAAGCAGGUCAUGGGUUAGCCAUUUAUCUUAGCAAAGGGGCGAUUACGCCCGUCAAGUUAGCGCCCGUCAUGUUAGCCACCACUAAGUAAGCGCCCGUCAAGUUAGCGUCAAGUUAGCUUACUUAGUGGUGGCUAACCUGACGGGCGCGGAUUUAAGGGGCGCUUUUAUUUUUUAAUAAAGCUCCAAGAAAAGGACGUUUUAAUAGUGGUCUUAAUCCACGAUUAUUCGAGGAUCAAUCAGAAGAAUUAGUUCAACAGAAUGCCGAAUGGGCAACAUAUGCUGCAAUGGAUGUCCUUGCUGUACAACGUUUAUUAAAAUUAACGAACAUCAACGCACAAUGUCAACUAGCUGCACCAACAAUUACACAGCCGCAAAUCUCAAACGUCACCGAAUCAACACCAUCACUUAUACAACCGUCUCCAGCAGCAGUAUUCCU